AUGUCUCAUACGCUUUCGCAAAAAUAUCUCAGCACGCGGGGUGCCUCCUACGGGCUGUCCUUCGAAGAUGUCGUCCUUAAGGGAUUGGCGUCCGAUGGUGGCCUGUUCAUCCCCGAAGAGAUUCCCUCGCUUCCUGCGGGAUGGGAGACGGAGUGGCGGGACCUGAGUUUCGAAGACCUGGCAUAUCGUAUCAUGUCGUUGUACAUCUCACCAAGCGAAAUCCCCUCGGAAGACCUCAAAGAUAUCAUUAGACGCUCAUACGCUACGUUCCGGCACCCUGAGCGGACCCCUCUGGUUGAAUUGGACGGAAAACGCAACCUCUAUUUGCUCGAAUUGUUCCACGGACCAACAUUCGCCUUCAAGGAUGUCGCGCUACAGUUCCUCGGAAACCUCUUUGAAUAUUUCUUGGUGCGCAAGAAUGAGGGCAAGGAGGGCAAGGACAGACACCACUUGACCGUUAUUGGUGCCACCAGUGGAGAUACUGGAUCUGCAGCCAUCUAUGGCCUCCGGGGCAAGAAGGAUGUCUCCAUCUUCAUCCUCUUCCCCACUGGACGGGUGUCGCCUAUCCAGCAGGCUCAGAUGACGACAGUCUUGGAUGCCAACGUACACAACCUGACAGUCGAGGGCUCUUUCGAUGAUUGCCAGGACAUUGUCAAGGCCUUGUUCGCCGACCCUGAUCUCAACUCAACCCACAACAUUGCCGCUGUCAACUCCAUCAACUGGGCUCGUAUUCUGGCUCAGAUCACAUACUACUUCUACUCCUACUUCUCUCUUACCAAGACCCCUGGCUUCUCCAAAGACACGAAGAUGCGCUUCGUUGUUCCUUCAGGAAAUUUCGGUGACAUCCUCGCCGGAUGGUUCGCUAAGCGCAUGGGCCUUCCCGCAGAGAAGCUCGUCAUCGCAACGAAUGAGAACGACAUCCUGGACCGCUUCUUCCGUAGUGGUGGCCAGUACACCAAGAACACCGCACAGGCCGACGGCGUUAAGGAGACUCACAGCCCCGCUAUGGACAUCCUCGUCAGCAGCAACUUCGAGCGUCUCCUUUGGUUCCUUGCCUUCCAGGCGGAUGGCGCCAGCUCUGCAGACGAAAGACGCAAGCACGCCUGCGAGAGCGUCAGCAAUUGGCUCAAUCAGCUCAAGACACAGGGUGGCUUCACCGUACCCCAGGCCGUCCUCGAGGGCGCCAAGGCCGAGUUCGAGAGUGAGCGGGUGAGCAACGACGAGACCAUUGAUCAGAUCAAGUCCACCUACACCUCUUCCUUCCCCUCCAACCUCGGCCCCGGCAGCGCCAAGAGCUCCAAGACUGGCGGCUACAUUCUCGACCCUCACUCUGCCGUCGGUGUGCGGGCAGCUCUCCGUUCCAUCGAGCGUAAUCCUGGGGUGAAGCAUGUCUCCCUCUCCACAGCCCACCCGGCCAAGUUCGCAAGCGCUGUCGACCUGGCCCUGCGCGCCGAAGACGGCUAUGACUUCACCGAGGUUCUUCCCCAGGAAUUCAUUGGGCUCGAGCAGCGCGAAAGCAGAGUCACUCCUAUCCGCGCCGGCGCCGGAUGGGUGGGUGUCCGAGAAGUGGUCAAGGCCGAAGUCGAGCAGGAGCUCCAGGGCUUGAGGUAG